GUGAAAGUUGUGUAACAUUAGGUAAACAAGCUCUUUCAGAGAACAGUGCAGUUCAUGUUGGAUGACUGCAUCAGUUGUUCAGAUUUCAGUUGUCACACUCACACUGACAUAAGGUAGGAAGUGACGCGCUUGUCAUAGCAGUGAAGGGGGUGUGGUAGUUAAGCUACUGGAUAAAGGGACUGCUGCUGUUGUUAAUCUUGAGACGGGGUUUAAGGUUCACCUAACACGCAGUCUUGUCCGUUUUAAACAUAGGUCAAAAUGAAGAGUCUGGUUGUGUAUUGUGGACUCAUCCUGGCAUUUCUUUUGAGCUGCACAGAACAGGCUGGGGUGAAAAAACAGGACAAAGCAGGUUCUCCUCAAGGAACAGACUGCACACAGAUUAAGACUCUGUCACCACGAGCAUCCAGUGGCAUUUAUACGAUCCAGCCGAAUGGAGCCAUGAACAAGUUUAAGGUUUACUGUGAGAUGCGUCCAGAUGGAGGCUGGACGGUCUUUCAAAAACGAAGCGGAGGAGCCGUUUCUUUCCGCAGAAAAUGGGCAGCAUAUAAAACUGGCUUUGGAAACCUGACACAGGACCACUGGCUCGGGCUGAAGAAGAUUUUUUAUCUUACCAAAGAUAAGUCCAAGAAGUGGGCGAUGAGGGUGGAUCUGUGGGAUCAUGAAGAUGGGACUGCUUUCGCUGAGUACAAAAACUUUAGACUGGGAAAUGAGAAAACCGCGUUCAAACUACAUGUUGGGAAGUACCGUGGAAAUGCAGGUGAUGCCAUCCGUGGUGCCUACAAAGGCAUUGAUCAGAAUGGCUAUGGCUUUAGCACAGUUGACCGCGAUAAUGAUGGCUGCUCCCCCUGCAUCUUUGGUGACAUUGCUGAUAGGGCAUGUACCUUUAGAGAGGGCGGCGGGUGGUGGUACAGCAAGUGUGGGUCCGCCAAUUUAAACGGUGACUGGCAUUCCUACGGUGAACACAUAGGUUGGGCUUCGGGCCUCCACUGGCGCACCUGGAAACCACCUGCACCAUACUCAGCCAAGGCCACAAAAAUGAUGAUCAAGUCGGUGUGAAAGGAACCUCCUCAAAUUAUCAAGUGCUGAUUUUUAUUCUGUAAAGAACUUUCAACAAAGCUUUUAAUAAAAGUAACUGUGAAGGAGAUAUAUAAAAUACAAUGCUAAAAGCAUGAAAAUCAGUGUAUUGUUAAUGCUCAGUCAUUUCUGUACUAAACUGAAAAACAUGCCUUCCAGAUAAUCAAGUUCUACCGAGGUCUCUUCCUGUUAAAGCACUGCUUCCCCUCUCUUUUUAUGUAUUAAAAAUAAUUUUACAACAACUAAAA